AUGAAAAAAGAAGAAGUUGAUUGUGCACUUUCUGGGAAUCGUACUGCUGAAAGGCUAGGCUUCAAGCCUAUCAAUGCUGGUGGCGGCAGGUGGUUUAUGAUAGUUUACGUCGUAAAAUUUUUCUUUUUGGUUUGGUUUACAGAUGAUAAAGAAACUGAUUGUUUUGUUUUAAUAGGAUUGCCAAUAUAUUCAAAGCCGGCAGGAUUAGUUUGUGGACCUUGUAUCAUUGCACUGUUAGCUGCGUUUUUCCACAUAUUAAGCUAUGCCGAAAAGCGUUUCAAGAACUUGCAAAAGUCUAUUCAGUCAUUGCCUCCUUCACAACAUGUAGUGCAACCUGUACCAACAACCGGAUCAUCUUCACCUCCUGAUACUACACCGGAAGUGACGUCACGACUAGCUCCUUCAUGUCAGGGUACAAGAUAUCAAGCUCCUUCAUUUCAGGCCAUAUCACAGUCAACUCCUUCAUUUUCGGCCACAAGACAGCGAACUCCUUCAUUUCAGUUCACAAGGCAGCAAGUUCCUUCAUUUCAAGCUCCAUCAGUUCCAACUCCUUCAUUUCAAGCCACAUCACUGCCAACUCCUUUAUUUCAGAGUACAAGAUGUCAGGCUCCUUCAUUUCAGGCCACAUCACAGCCAUCUGCUUCACAGGCAACUUCUGUUAGUCUCGCACCACCACAAGAGACAUUCAAUAAGCGCAAACGCGAGUCUACACAUCAUUGGACUGUGGAUGCAGUAGUUGGCUGGACAACAAGAGAGGUGUAUCCCAUGAUAUUACUAACAGGAACUUGCUCGUGGUCCUUGAUGAAAACUCUGAACAAGUUGUGCAUGUUCAGUUCUUUUAAUGCAAGCACUCUGCCAUCACAUUUCCUUAUUCUCUCUGCUUCAGCUGCAUGCAUCAAACAGUUAUUAGCAAGUGAAUUUGGAACUGAAUUGUGCCAAGUAUAAUGUACUAAUGUCAAUUUUGGUCAUAGCUUCAGUUUCCUGUUUUUAAUGUAAACUUUUUUUUCUUUUUAAUUAAAGAUUCACAAGAAAAUACCAAAAAGCUCAAAGUGAAGAAAACAUAAGUGUUAAAUUUACCUCGGGGGGAACAUAUUGUGGUUCCAUUUGAUUUCCUGGAUCCAAUAGACGAAGCACAAGGCGUUCUCGCAGGCUUUUGUGGUAUUUUAGCAGCUGAUUGUUCCCUAUUUCCAAUUAGCUUUGAUAAAUGGCCGGAUAUGCCUGAAUCAUAUUUCAAUGACUGCUUUGAUAACAUUAUAAAGCCCCAUUUUCAUUUUAUGACAACUGAGGAUGUUGCAUGGUUAUCGGUUUAUCGCUCUAUUGAAAAGAAAUGGGCUGGAAAUAGGCAGGCCUUGUGGAACGAGUUCAAUGACCCACUUAACACCAAAGAUGAGAUUAUGAAUAAUGUUCCAGAAG